AGCCUCCUCUGCUCCAGCCGAAAACAGGCUCGCGCGGGAGGCGCCUCCGCCGACCGGUGCUGCGCGGCCCGGGGCGCCGGCAUGGGCUGCGAUGGACCGGUUCGAGAAGGUGAAGGAUCUGGGGCGCGGUGCCUUCGGUGUCGCGAUCCUCUGUCGAGAGAAGCGGAGCCCCAGGGCGCAGACCUCAUGUGAGGAUGCGCCCCUGCGCGUCAUCAAGCAGAUCGACCUGGCCGGGAUGAGGCCCGAGGCGGUGCGGGAGUCCCUGACCGAGGUCGAGGUGUUGCGCCGCUUCUCGCACCCGCACAUUGUGCAGUCUCAGGACGCAUUUCUUGAGGGGCAGAAGCUGCAUAUCGUCAUGGAGUACCUCGACGGCGGGGACUUGGCAUGCGCCAUCAAGCGGCACAAGGAAGACGAGGCUCCGUUCGCUGAGGACGACGCGCUGUCGAUAUUCAUGCAGUGCCUCCUGGCUUUGCAGCACCUGCACAAGCAGAAUGUGCUGCAUCGGGACAUCAAGCCCCCGAACAUCUUCCUGACUCAGGAUGGUGCAGUUAAGCUCGGCGACUUCGGUAUUGCCAAGGUGCUGGAGACCACAGCAGUCCAGGCGAAGACGACCAUUGGCACGCCGAGCUACUUCGCCCCAGAGGUGUGCCAGAGCGUGCCCUACGGCAGCAAGGCCGACAUGUGGUCGGUCGGCGUCGUGCUGUACGAGAUCCUCGCUCUCCGCCAGCCCUUCCAGGCCUCGAACAUCGCCGCCCUCGUGCUCAAGAUAGUCACCGCUCCGCCAGACCCGCUGCCUGCCACCUACGACGAGAGCCUGCGCGCCAUCAUCCUCAGCAUGCUGAACAAGAGCCCGGACGAGAGGCCCAGCGCCCAGGAGCUCCUCAACGAGAAGCUCCUCCGGCACCGCGGCCUCGACCUCCUGGGCGGCCGCUUGCGGCCCGGCACCCGCGGCGCUACCGCCGCCGGCCGCUUGAGCACCGGCGCAAGCCGCUGCAGCACCGGCUCCGCGGGCGCCGGCUGGUCCAAGGCCGGGGCGCGGCCGCCCUCCGGCCUCCGCCGCAGCGGCGGCUCCGCCGGCGCGCUGGCCGCCUCUGGGCUGGCGGAGCCCUCGCCGGGCGCCGCCGCGCCCGCUGCCGCGCUGGCGGGGAAGCCCGACGCCGUGGACAUCCUGGUGCUGACCCAGGGGCCGGCGUCGGGCGGCCUCGCGGAGGAGCUGCAGCACAACAGGGAGGUGGCCCGGCGGGCCAAGGAGAAGUCGAUGGGCACGCCCACCGGCAGCUCCAUCUUCGUCGCUGCGCCGCCGGCGCACGGGAGCCCUCCGGCAGUGAGGGGGCGGGACAAGAUGGUCACCCUGCAGAGGAAGAGCCGGCUGGACGACCUCGGCCUGAGGUUCGCGGGGGACGACAGCGAGAGCGUCCUGCGGAUCUGCGGCGUGGUGGCUGGCGGCAUCGCCCACCUGCACAACUGGCAGGCGAGCGCCAGGCACCAGAUUGCUCUGGGAGACUGCGUCAUCGAGGUGAACGGCUCGCGGGGCAGCGCCGCGAGCAUGGCCCGCGAGCUGGACAGAAAGAUGGUCCUGGACUUGGUGCUGCGGCCUUCCGAGGCGCCAGGCCCGUGCUCGGACUUGCGCGCCGCCAGCACCCCGCCAGGCUCGGUGCAGGCCCCCAGCUGCAGUGCCGCAGGCCAGCAGGGGUCGGCGCCCUCGCGCCCUCCCCUGUCGCCCGAGCUCGCCACGCAGGGCGCGCGCGCAUGCGCUUCCAACGCCCCCGCCCGGUCGGGCUCGGCGCUGGCGCGGACGGGAGGGCUGAUCGCGCGGCUCCCUUCUCCGAGCCUGGGACACCACGAGGGGGCCGCCGCGGCGCAGCCCGCCGCCGACGCGUCCUUUGGAGCGCCGCCGCGCAGCGCCGGCAGCGCGGGCUCUCGACCAGGCUCGAGCAGCCGCCCAGGCUCCAGCGGCCGCCCUGGCUCCAGUGGGCGCCCGGGCUCCACUGGCCGCCCAGGCUCCAGGCCCCCCGCCUCGCAGCGGGCCGCCGCGUCGAUCGCCAUGCUGGCCGAGGGCCGAGGCGCGGGCGCGGAGCCCGGGAGAGCCGUGGCGACGGGCAGGGCCACGCCUGCGAGGCAGAGUGGCGGCCGGGAGGUGCCCACGGCUUCUGCUGUGGCCAGCGCACGAAGCUGGCGCGCCCCCAGCGGCGGGCCUGCUCGGACGAGGUACGGCAGCUGCGCGCCCGCGGAGAGGGCGGCCUCCGCAGCGCCGGCGGCGGGCCGCGACUGGCAAGCUCCGGCGUGGGCCGUGAGCAUGGCGAACGCGCCGCUGGACAGGCCUCUCUUCAAGCGCGACGGCGGCCCGGUGGGCGAGGAGGGCCUGGAGAGCCUCGGCGAGCUGCGUGAGCAGAUAGCGCGCCUGGCCGACGCCGGCGGCCGCAGAGCCAGCACCGGCGAGAGGCCCGCCGUCGGCAGCGCCAGCGGCGGGCCCCCCACGAGCGGCAGCGGCGGCCGCCCCGAGCUGCACGGUCCGCAGGAGGCCACGGCCGAGGUCACCGCUGACCCCGCGCAGGCCGAGGGCCGGGGGCGUGGCCCCUGCGACACCGACACCUGGAGCGGUGCGGUCCUGGCGGCGCCGCUGGAGCGGGCCGCUGGGAGCGCGAGUGCCGUGCAGCACGCUUCCGUCGUUCAGCUCGAGAAUGCCUAA